AUGAUUACGACUCAGUUACUCAGAAAAUCUAGAGGCCCCAUUUCUGUUGCAAAGAGGUUUGCCUCCACGAGAGUGAUUCAUAUUGACUUCAAGGAUAUUGUCAACCAAGAGAAGUCUCUGUUCCCGAAGUUUGAAGAAGCGUAUGGAAAUGAUGGCAUUGGAGCCUGCAUUGUCAAUAAUAUCCCUGAGUUCCCAGAGAAGAGGAGAGCCCUCCUACCCUACGCACAGAAGAUUACCAAGUUGGAGAAGGACAUUCUAGAGACUCUAGAGUCUCCAGAACUUCUUUAUGGAGUUGGCUGGUCUCAUGGUCGUGAGAAAUUUCAGGGAAAGCCCGAUUUUCUGAAGGCAAGCUUCUAUGCUUGCCCUCUUUCUGACACUUUCAAGAUGAACUUCUCUGAGACUGACCAGAGAGAAGCCAGUAAUUUGUGGCCAGCUCCAGGUGCUUUGGAUGGAUUUGAGACUGCAUUUAAGGAUUUAGGUCAGUUUAUAAAUAAAGUUGGUCUCCAAGUAGCUAAGAAUUUGGAUAAGUAUAUUAAGUACAGAGCAAAUACUUAUGAAGAUGGAUUGAUUCAUAGACAUCUUAAGAACUCGAUCAAGACCACAGGCAGACUUCUUCAUUAUUUCCCAGUCAAUGAAGAGGUAGACAUGAGCGAUAUGAAAUGGUGUGGGUGGCAUAAUGAUCAUGGAACCCUUACAGGACUAUGCUCAGCAAUGUAUUUAGACAAAGAUUUCAAUGAAGUGGACCCAGAGGAAGUUGAAGACGAUGUAUCUGGUUUAUUCGCAAUGACAAGAAACCAUGAGGAAAUCAAAAUUAAGAUCCCUCAGAACUCCUUAGCAUUCCAGAUUGGAGAAACUUCUCAAAUUGUUAGUGGAGGAAUUCUAUGUGCUACUCCUCACAGUGUUGUAUCAAAGCCAAGCACUAAAGGAAUAUCGAGAAACACUUUUGCCUUGUUUUUGGAGCCAAAUUCAGACACUCAAUUGUAUGUCCCAAAGGAUACAGAUCCAAAGGCUGUACACAAGCAGGAUCCUACUAACCAAGUUCCUUUAAUAGAGGAUAGAUGGGAUGUAGGAAAUGAUUUCGGAGCAUUUGAGAGAAAAACUUUCCAAAAAUACUAUGAGCAUCAUGGAUAA